UGUAAGAUUAGGAUGAAAAGUGGUUCUGGCUAGAUGGGAUACAGCUACGGCCUAAAUCCAGUGAAAUGUUGGGUUUAGAGUGAGGUUUGGGGGUUAUAAUUGAAUGAAACCCGCGCUCUUCCGGUGAGAUUUUGGCCGUAUUUGUAUCCCUUCUAGCCACAACCGACUUGCGAUGGUAUCUCCAUGGCAUCUUGUGUAAACAAGCUCUGUGUCCGGCGCGAGGAACACAAAACAGCUGACUGGACCAUAGACAGAUGCCGAUUAAAAAAGUUAAAAAGGCAAAGAAGGGAAAGGGAAAAGGAAAGAAAGAUGGCAAGCAAGAGUCAAAAAGAGAUAGAGAGUCUGAUCUUGAGAGGGCCAAAGCAAACGCGGCUCUGUGGGAAAUCAGGUGUGAUAUGACAGAGACUUCACGCAUUGAAUAUUAUGAAACAGCAGGGAGACUGGCUGAAGCCAACGAGCAGCUCACACACCUACAGAACGAAACUGAGAAGAAAAACAUUGAUGUCAUUGCUGUUCUAAGGGAAAAAGACGUGGAAAACGAUGAGAAGAUUGCUGCACUGGAACAGCAAAUACAGCUGGAGAAAACAAGAGCCUCUGAGGAAAAGAUGAAUUUAAUGGCUGAUUUUACACUAAAGAUUGGAAAGCUAGAGAAGGAGUUUGAGAAGAGAUCUAGUGAGUACAGCACGAUUCAAGAGGAGCUUAAGAUCAUUAAUGAUUUCCGGAAGGAAAAGCCACAGAUGGACCAGGAGCUCCAAAAUAUGAAAGAUACUAUGGACAGUGCAGAUCUUGAACAUAAGAAAACACUUAUGAAAAUGGAAGAAAAGUUCUUAAAUGACAAGGCCCACCUAGAGAAGAAAGUUGAACAAAAGAUUGCUGAGCUUGCAGAAAAAGCCCACAACGAGGCCAUCAUACAGCUGGAUGGUGCUUCUCGCUCUGUGUUCAAGGAGAAUGUACGUUUAAAUAAAGCAUUGAGUUACCACAUUAAAGAUGUUGAGGAUCUACGGAAGAGAAAUGCAGUGCUGGCGGACGAAAACAACAUCCUCACCCGGCAAAUAGAGACAAGCCAGCAGAUAAUAAAUGACACUGUAUCUCAAAUUACAACCCAGCGAAGCAAGAUUACUGAGAUGAAGGUCAAGGUGUCCACACAGGAGCAGGCCCUGGCCACCAUGGUGGCUGAGUUUGAAAGGGAGAAAGCCGAUAUCAAGCAACGUGUCGAGGUCAAAACUCAGGCCGGCGGCGUAGAGCUGGACAAACUCCAGAAGCUUCUUACUCUACGAGAGAAGGAGCUAAGCCGGGUGAAGAAGUUGGCGCGAAGCGUAGUGGAGCAGCGCACAGACAUGGAGAUCCUCUUCCAUGAAGCUCUAAACCAAGUCAAGCAGGAGAUUUCAAUGCAAAGCCUAAUGGACAGGUUAAAUAUAUCAAGGCAGGAAGCAGAGGUCAAUCAUAGCAGGCGGAUGAAUGAGGUUUUGUCAGGUAGAAGGGAUUAUGCUCCAACACAAGGCAUUAACAAAGAUCUCCCUAGCUCCAACAACCUUUCCACUGGCAUGCCGGGGGCUGGGAAAGGCAGUCUGAAGCAUCCCGGAGUAAACACAUCAGAGAUGAGCUGGGAACAGAGAGAGAGAGUCCUUAGACUGCUCUUUGCUAAAAUGAACGCCCUGAAAACAAAGAAACCUAUUGAUGGUCCAGUCCACACAGACUCUGAAGGGAAUCAGUGUAGCAGUGAUGUAAGCAAUGCAGACGAAGAAUCUAACUCCACCUUUUUAACACAAGUACAAGAUUUUUAAUAUGAGCUUGAGUACAAAGUCCAGUGAAAUAUAGAUCAACUGACUGACCUCAUUAAAGAAACUCAGAACCUUGAAUGCAAAACUUAUAAAUGUAUAUUUCCUCUGUGUUUAUGCAGGUACAUGCUUUGCUACUAGUUCAUAUAUAUAAUGUCAAAGUACUGGAUAUUGCAUACUCGUUGUAGAAGUACUGAGGAUCACAGACUGUCAAAUUCACAGCUUAAAAAUGUUUUACAUGUGGAGAACUGUUUACCAAGAUUGCAUGUAGGAGAAAUUAUAUGAAGUAACAGUAUUUAGGAAUAAGGACGAUGCUCUUUUAAAAUAUAAACAUUGCAACCACUCAAAAACAUCUAAAAAUGUAUUUGAUUUAAGAUAGAUUUAUUAUGUUUGCAGAUUGUAUGAACUGAUGCAAUUUUGGGGUAUUCAGAUUAUAAUUAUUAUUUAAAAGCAGAACACAGUGUCAGAAAAAGGUUUUUAAAAAAGUGUCACUGGGGUGGUACCCUCAAAGGUUAAUUUUUGUACCUUUAUGGGUAUACAACACAUUGAAAUGUUGUACUUUUUGGGGUACAAUGUUAUACCCUAAGGACCUAUUGUGUACCUUUAAAGUUCCCCUAUUUCAUUGCUAAAAACAACGUUAUUUUGUGUAUUUGGUAUAAUACAAUGUGUUUGCGUGGUUUAUGAUUUAAUAAAUACAUUAUUUUCCACAUAUCAUACAUUUUUUUAGCUCCAGAUUUCCCUCUCUUCCUGAAACGCACUGAUUUUGUACAAAACUCAUUGAUUUGAAACGCUCUGUGUCCCUGAUUGGCCAGCUAAUCUGUACAUUGUGAUUGGCCUGAAUACCUCUGACGUCAGACGGAAAUGUGACGCUCCUUACCAUGUUUGAAAGAUUCGCUCUUACAAUGCAAUGCUGACAGGAGUUAAUUUACAGGCUGAAUCUGAAGCGGGAGGAAUUAUGAUAAUGUCGGUCUUGUCUACAUCACCAAUCCCAGGAAGUAAACUGUUGCCUACAAUCUGUGUGUUUGUUGUAGUCCAAGGAAAGAGAUUUACGUUGGAGACGAUAACUCGAUAACGCGUCAUUGUUUACCUUGUGGUUUGUACCUUUUGCGUAUCGUUAACAUGUACUAAUACACACCUACACACCAAAAAGUGUGAAUCGGAUACUUGGUGCAUUUUAAUCACUACUUUUGUACCAUUUAAAAUGUUAGGAGUACAAAACAUUUAACUGUACCUUAAAAGGUACACAAAAGGUCCUUAAAGUACAGUAAUGCACCCAGAAAGGUACAACAUGGUAUUAUUUUUUUAUAUACCUGUAAAGGUACAAAACGAAAACCUACAGUUUUAAACUUUUUCUGACAGUAUAUUGUAUGACAACUUGCACAUUUAAAUAAGAAGUUGUAAUUAGAAGGUAUUUUAACAGUUAAUAACAUGUAACUCAAGAUAAUGUUCUGUGAUUUAAAAAAAAAACUAUUUUAAAACGCUGUAUCAAUUUUUUAAAUAUGCAAAUGAGUCAUGUUGAAGAAGGCAAAAUGGUUAAAGGCGGAGUCCAUAAUGUUUGAAAGCCAAUGUUGAUAUUUGAAAUCACCUAAACAAACACGCCCCUACCCCAAUAGAAUCUGGACCUUCUGUUGAUAGACCCGCCCCACACAUACGCAACCCGGCAUUUGAUUUGAUUUGAUUGGCUAUAAGUGUGUUUUGGUAGUCGGCCCGUCUCCUUUUCCAACGCGUUUUUCAAACAUCGUGGACUCCGCCUUUAAGGCCCGU